AUGCCAAUGUAUGAUGGAACCUCCGACCCGAGAGAUCAUAUACUAACCUACAAACAACGUAUGAUGAAAAUCCCAGUUCCCAAGCAUGUGAGAGAAGCCUGUCUGUGCAAAGGGUUUUGCUCAACAUUAGUCGGACCCGCCUUGAAGUGGUUAACCAGCUUGCCCAACGGAUGCAUCACCUCCUUUGCACAUCUCGACAACAUGUUCAACCAACAAUUAGCCAGCAGCAGGGGAUUAGAGAAGCAGACAAGCGACCUGCAGGGGCUAUAUGGGGAAACAGAUCUAUGGAGAGACCUCAUCAAAUAUCCCUGCAAAACAUUUGAAGAUGCACAAGCCAAAGCCAUGGCCCAAGUCAGGCUCGAAGAAACUCUCUAUUGCAGGAAAAGAACCAAUAAUUACGCAAAGAAAGAUAUACGAUUGUCUUAUUCCAAGAGGAGAGAUGAUCGUCCAUCCCCCUACUCCCAGCCACAGCAAGUAGCAGUGGUGGAAGAAGAUGACGACACAGACUGGAAGAACAGCCCCGGCCUGCCUCCCAGGAUUAAUAAAUAUUCUUUCUGUGUUGAUACUGUAGGUUUGAUGAACCACUUGUCGAAAAUGGGGAAAGCAGUACAAUGGCCGCCGAAGUCCAGCAAACCCGACUCGAAGAAAGAUCCUUCAAAGUGGUGUGACUUUCAUGCCGACAUCGACUAA